AUGGCCACUGCUCAAUCCAGCGCUCUCGCGACCGUAGAAAUUCUCGAGAGUAUCCUCCUGCACCUCGACAUCCAGUUCAUCCUAACCUCGGCGCAGCGGAAGUCCGAACGGAAGGAGGAAACCGGACCGUACGGCGUCACAUCACGGUGGGACCUCGACGACCCGGCGCAGAAGGCGUGUUUCACGCGCCGCACAGCCAGCUGGCGGCGGAUGCUGGUGCGACAGCCGCCCAUUCUGGGAGCCAUCUUCUUCAAGCACACGCCGUAUGACAAGACGAAGAUCGACAGAAUCGACCUAUGUCUACGGCCUAUUCCUUUUAUGCGCUGGUCUUCCGUCAAGUAAGCAUGCCACAGAUUCUAAGCUCGUUAGUAGUAGGAGGAAUAAUC